AUGGAUUCCUGAGUGUGAAGUUUGCAGGAAAGCCCUUAGUUUUGGAGAUGGCUGAGAUCCAGCGGUUUCCAUGGCGCUGGAUAAACAGGAGGAAACAGUGAGGGAAUCCCGUUAUUUUACUGCAUUGAAAGCCUAUAAACACGGAGCGCGGGGAAGGAAGUCGCGUUCCCUCUCGAGUAAAGCCGGAGCGGAGCGGAGCGCCCAGCCGCGCCGACUCGCCCGCCGGUGCCGGGAGCCGGAGCCGGGAGCCGGCAGGCGGGAAGCGCGCAACUCCCGCGAGCUCGCUCACUCGCUCGCUCGCAGGCUCCUAGCCACCAGGGCAGACCCGUCGGCAUGCUCUAGAAAGGACGGCGCCCCCUCCUUGGCUUCUGGUCUUAAGGAUUUUUUUUUUUUUUUUUUUUUACAAAAAUCCCAAAUCCAAAAACCAGACCCCCUCCCAUCGCGCCAAGUCCCCAUCCUCUCCAGAUGCAGAGAGAGGCUGCGUUCAGACUGGGGCUCUGCCAUCCCCUCCGCAUCAUGGGGUCUGUGGACCAAGAAGAACCGAAUGCACAUAAGGUCGCCAGCCCACCCUCCGGAGCAUACCCCGAUGAUGUCCUGGACUAUGGCCUCAAGCCAUACAGCCCCCUCCCCAGUCUCCCUGGCGAGCCCCAGGGCCGAUUUGGAGAGCCGGAUAGGGUGGGGUCCCAGAACUUUCUGAACCCGGUCAAGCCAACUGGGACCUCAGGCCUGAGCCCUCGGAUCGAGAUCACUCCGUCCCACGAACUGAUGCAGGCAGGGGGGUCGCUCCGCUCGAGAGACACCGGGCUGCUGCUGGAGCAGGCGGCCCCGCCGGGGCUGACCGGCAGCCCGAGGGUCACCCUGCCAGUGCCCGGCUUCGAGGGUUACCGCGAGCCGCUUUGCUUGAGCCCUGCUAGCAGUGGCUCCUCUGCCAGCUUCAUUUCCGACACCUUCUCCCCCUACACCUCGCCCUGCGUCUCACCCAAUAACGGCGGGCCAGACGACCUGUGUCCCUCCUUUCAAAACAUCCCUGCUCAUUAUUCCCCCAGAACCUCGCCAAUAAUGUCACCUCGAACCAGCCUCGCUGAGGACAGCUGCCUUGGCCGCCACUCGCCCGUGCCCCGUCCGGCCUCCCGCUCCUCGUCGCCUGGUGCCAAGCGGAGGCAUUCGUGCACCGGGGCCUUGGUUGCCCCUCUGCCCGGAGCCUCACCCCAGCGCUCCCGCAGCCCCUCACCGCAGCCCCGGGACGACGGCGCCCCCACCGGCUACCCCCUCACGGCAGGCUCUGCCAUCCUCAUGGAUGCCCUCAACAGCCUGGCCGCCGACUCGCCUUGCGGGAUCCCCACCAAGAUGUGGAAGAACAGCUCUGACUCAUCACCCAUGUCUGCAGCCCCGACCAAGUCUGGCUUGCCCCGCCACCUCUACCCCACUGUGGAGUUCCUGGGACCCUGCGAGCAGGAGGAGAGGAGGAACUCCGCCACCGAGUCCAUCUUGCUGGUGCCGCCCACCUGGCCCAAGCCUCUGGUGCCUACGAUUCCCAUCUGCAGCAUACCCGUGACUGCAUCCCUCCCUCCUCUGGAGUGGCCACUGUCCCACCAGUCAGGGUCUUAUGAGCUACGGAUUGAGGUGCAGCCCAAACCACAUCACCGGGCCCACUAUGAGACAGAGGGGAGCCGAGGUGCUGUCAAAGCUCCAACCGGGGGCCACCCAGUAGUUCAGCUCCAUGGCUACAUGGAAAACAAGCCCCUGGGGCUUCAGAUCUUCAUUGGGACAGCUGAUGACCGGAUCCUUAAGCCCCAUGCCUUCUACCAGGUGCACCGAAUCACAGGAAAAACUGUCACCACCACCAGCUAUGAGAAGAUUGUGGGCAACACCAAAGUCCUGGAGAUCCCUCUGGAGCCAAAAAACAACAUGAGGGCAACUAUUGAUUGUGCGGGGAUCCUGAAGCUGAGAAAUGCUGACAUUGAGCUGCGGAAAGGAGAGACAGACAUUGGAAGAAAGAACACGCGUGUGAGACUGGUUUUCCGGGUGCACAUUCCAGAGUCCAGUGGAAGGAUCAUCUCCUUGCAGACUGCAUCUAACCCCAUCGAAUGCUCCCAGCGAUCUGCUCAUGAGCUGCCCAUGGUGGAAAGACAAGACAUCGACAGCUGCCUGGUAUACGGUGGCCAGCAGAUGAUUCUGACAGGGCAAAACUUCACGGCUGAGUCCAAAGUUGUGUUUACAGAGAAGACCACAGAUGGACAGCAGAUCUGGGAGAUGGAAGCCACAGUGGAUAAAGACAAGAGCCAGGCUAACAUGCUUUUCGUGGAGAUCCCUGAGUAUCGGAAUAAGCACAUCCGCACAUCAGUAAAGGUGAACUUCUGUGUCAUCAAUGGGAAAAGAAAACGGAGCCAGCCUCAACACUUUAUCUACCACCCAGUCCCAGCCAUUAAGACAGAGCCCACUGAUGAAUAUGACCCCACCUUGAUCUGCAGCCCUGCACAUGGGGGCCUGGGGAGCCAGCCGUACUAUCCACAGCACCCAAUGGUGGCUGAGUCCCCCUCCUGCCUCGUGGCCACCAUGUCUCCCUGCCAGCAGUUCCGCUCAGGGCUCUCGUCCCCUGACGCCCGCUACCAACAGCAGAACCCUGCAGCCGUCCUCUACCAGCGGAGCAAGAGCCUGAGCCCCAGCCUGCUGGGCUAUCAGCAACCAGCUCUCAUGUCUGCUCCCCUGUCCCUGGGUGACACACACCGCUCAGUGCUGGUGCACACCGGCUCCCAAGGCCAGAGCUCGGCCCUGCUCCACUCCUCCCCAACCAACCAGCAGGCUUCACCAGUGAUCCACUACUCGCCAACCAACCAGCAGUUGCGCUGUGGCAGUCACCAGGAGUUCCAGCACAUCAUGUACUGCGAGAAUUUUGCACCUGGCAAUGCCAGGCCUGGUCCACCCCCUGCCGUCAGUCAAGGUCAGAGGCUAAGCCCGGGGUCCUACCCCACAGUAAUUCAGCAGCAGCAGCAGCAGCAGCAGCAGCAGCAGCAGCAGCAGCAGCAAAAUGCCACAAGCCAAAGAGCUGCCAAAAAUGGACCCCCAGUCAGUGACCAAAAGGAAGUAUUACCCACGGGAGUGACAAUUAAGCAGGAGCAGAACUUGGACCAGACGUACUUGGAUGAUGUUAAUGAAAUUAUCAGGAAGGAAUUUUCAGGACCUCCUGCGAGAAAUCAGACAUAGAAGAAGCCAUUAGCGUGAUACCUUUCAUAUCUAACCCCUCGGAGCUCCGCAUUGUCCCUCACCUUCUGUUCCCUUUACUGCAUAUUCCAGCCUGGAGCCCACGUGCAGGAGCGUUUAGUGGCGGAGCUGACUCGACUUGGAAAUAUGCCACUUCUCUCUGUGAACACCAUUUGUGAACACCAUUAGUGCGCCCCUCAGUUUUGGUUUUAAAUCCCAAUGAACAUCUGUUGACCAUG